UGUUGUGUAUGGGUUUUAAAAUCUAUGUAGAGAUGUUCUGUUUCAUUAUUUAGUAAAAACAUUAUAUAAAUAUUUAUAAGUAUAGUAUAUAAAAUACGAUUUGGUUGCAUCGUCAAUGGACCAACGUGUUAGUACAUGUGUGUAUGGUACACGACUGCAAUCAAAGAAAAAAGCCAGUUAUGGGAAUGUUACUUCUCCUGUUCGAUUAAACUUUCUUGAUUCUCCAUCUGUACUUUAUAAAGGAAAUGUGGCCAGUAGUCUUCAACAGAACCAGUCUUCAUCUGUUAAGCUUUCUUUUCAGAUGCACAACAUCAACACUUCACCAAGUGAUGUUUUCAAGAAAGACUCUGCGAAUACAUUAUCUCUUGAACAUGCACAGCCUGGGAUGGUGACACAGGACUGUCAAACAAUGAUCUCAACUUUAUCAACACCAUUAUGUGAGGUUGAUGGUCGGUCACCACCAAAUUCAGAGGUGCCCAACGGUGUAAACAUAAAAAUAGAACAGACUCUUUCAACAGGUCCAUGUAGCCAAGUUAACAUUGGUACAGAACCAUUGAACCAACCACCUACUAUCAUACACCUUUCUUUAACUGACACCAUGCAUGGAGAUGGGGUUAUGGAUGAAAUUCAGAGUUAUAAGAGUAAAGGGUUGAACCAUUUUCCAAAAACUGAAAGCAGUUGUUCUCUGAAAUUUAAUUUAUCACAAAAUAUCAAACAGGAAGGUGAACCUACUAGACAUAAUACUAGUAUGGUGUUAUCUAAUAAUAGUGAAAGUAGCCAAAACGUACAUGAAGACAAGUGUUCUUUAGGUGAAUUGUCUUACAAGAAACAAAGAAGUAAUAUUAGUUGUAGGUUAACUAAUCCUUUAUCAACAAGUGAUGGAACGAAAAACAGUGCACUAGAGGCUCAUUAUGUGAAUGGGGAACUUGGCAUGAAUCUGAGUCCCCUUCAGAAGCCCUGUGAAACCUCGAAGAUAAAGAGAAAAAAUACAAAGCAGUUACCCACCCUAGAAUUAUCAUCACAGAUAGAUAGUAAAGAUUCUAGUAAGAGUAAUCCUGUACGUAAAUCACCUCGUAAAUAUAGUCCACGACAAACUAGGAAUUGUUGCGUUUCAAAUUGGUCCAAAGUUCAAUCAGAGAAACCUGUUCAAUUACCCAAUGUUUUAGGUCCAGAAAUUUCAAAAUCUCCUUUACCAAACCCUUCCUCUGAUGACAAGGCUCGUAAAUCACCUCGUAAAUAUAGUCCACGACAAACUAGGAAUUGUUGCAUUUCAAAUUGGUCCAAAGUUCAAUCAGAGAAACCUGUUCAAUUACCCAAUGUUUUAGGUCCAGAAAUUUCAAAAUCUCCUUUACCAAACCCUUCCUCUGAUGAUAAGGCUAAACAACUACAAAAAUAUAAUAAAACCGUUAAGUCUUUAAAUGUAACGAGGAGUACAGACCAGAGGUUUGGCACUGUGUGUAAAGAUAAAACCGUUAAGUCUUUAAAUGUGAUGAGGAGUACAGACCAGAGGUUUGGCACUGUGUAUGAAGAUAAAACUGUUAAGUCUUUAAAUGUAACGAGGAGUACAGACCAGAGGUUUGGCACUGCGUGUGAAGAUAAAACUGUUAAGUCUUUAAAUGUAACGAGGAGUACAGACCAGAGGUUUGGCACUGUGUGUGAAGAUAAAACCAUUAAGUCUUUAAAUGUAACGAGGAGUACAGACCAGAGGUUUGGCACUGUGUGUGAAGAUAAAACCGUUAAGUCUUUAAAUGUAAUGAGGAGUACAGGCCAGAGGUUUGGCACUGUGUGUGAAGAUAAAACUGUUAAGUCUUUAAAUGUAACGAGGAGUACAGACCAGAGGUUUGGCACUGUGUGUGAAGAUAAAACCGUUAAGUCUUUAAAUGUAACGAGGAGUACAGAUCAGAGGUUUGGCACUGUGUGUGAAGAUAAAACCGUUAAGUCUUUAAAUGUAACGAGAAGUACAGACCAGAGGUUUGGCACUGCGUGUGAAGAUAAAACCGUUAAGUCUUUAAAUGUAACGAGGAGUACAGAUCAGAGGCUUGGCACUGUGUGUGAAGAUAAAACCGUUAAGUCUUUAAAUGUAACGAGGAGUACAGAUCAGAGGUUUGGCACUGUGUGUGAAGAUAAAACCAUUAAGUCUUUAAAUGUAACGAGGAGUACAGACCAGAGGUUUGGCACUGUGUGUGAAGCACAAGGACAACCAGUUACAAACUGUGUAUUUGAAAAUCGACAAACAAACUGUCCUGAUCCAAAGCCAGUGGUUCUGAGUGCUACUCAAAAAACAAGAAGAAAUGUAAGAAGAAACCAACCGAAAUCAGCGAAACGUAAAAAUAAAAGAGGUGCAAAGACAAAGAGGAAAUAUGAACAAACAGUAGUUGAUAAAGUAGUAAUAAAUAUUUCAUCACAAAAACCAAAAAGAUUUAAGUUACCUCUAGGACCAUAUGUUCACAUUAUAGGUACCAAGGAAAGACCUCUUUCUGUUCGUGUCAUCAACUUAGCUUCCACUGGAGAGGAAGUGGUCAAACAUAGACCGCACAUUGUCAACAGAAAUCCUAAUGUGAGGUUAAGCCGUGUAGGACAUUUGAGUACUCUAUCCCCAGCUUACGAUGCCCUUACUAAAGAUAAGACGUGGAUAUGUGCCUUCUGUCACAGAGGCAGCCACGAAGAUGGUCUUGGGGAUCUUUUUGGACCCUAUUACAUUCAUGAUGACAAUCCAGAAGUAGAAGAUAAAGUUUUCUUAACAUCAGAUGCUGAUACAUGGAGUGGAUUAGUGAAUAAGGGGAACAAUAAUUGUUCAUGUGAAAAGGAUAGAAAGAACAACACACUCCCUGAUUUAUCAACACAAGCACCCAACUCUCAGAUACAAAUCAGUGGAUCCCAGUGCAUUAAAUCACAACCAAGUGGACCUCAAGAAGUGGGUUUAAAUAAUUCUAAAGAAACAUCAGAUGUUCACCUAACUGAAUUUUGGGUUCAUGAGUAUUGUGCUUCCUGGGCUCAUGGCGUUUACAUUGCGGGUGUAGACCAGCAAGUUCAGGGUUUGGCUCAGGCUGUGAAGGAUGCUGCAGACAUGGUCAGUUAUGUAGAAUUUGUUCUGUUCAUAGUUAAUCUCAAAAGUUUAUGAACACUAUUUUAACUUACAGUAAAAUUUUACUGAGAAA